UCUUGAUCAAUGGUAACCAAAAACAAAAAGGAGACAUAUUUGACACCUUUAGCAUAAUUUUCUCGUCUUUCUUUGUGUAUAUAUUAGCAGAUCGCAGAUUGAGUUAGAGAUAUUGUAUUGCAGGCAAAAAUGACAUCUAUCUCCUCCUCAUGGGAUGGCACUAUUACCUCCACUCAAUUUCACAAUGCUGCUUCUACUUUUUCUGAGAUAUGGAACAACUUUGAUCUAGGGUUUCCUCACUGGUCAUGGAUCAACUUUCCAAAUAAACCAGGUUUUGCUGCUACCAAGCUACAAGGAUAUUUAUCAUUGGAGAAUAUGAUUCUUCCCAUAACAACUGAGGAAGAAUGUGUUCUAGCUGGAACAGAAGAUUUGACUUGCUCUAACGAAGAUUCAUUUGAUGAUACUGCCAUAUUGGUUCAAAAGGACAGCAAAGAAAGACAUCAUUACGACUUUCAUGUCAUCUACAGUUCCUCUUUUAGGGUUCCAGUACUUUAUUUCCGUGCAUACUGCAGUGAUGGAGAACCCUUGGCAAUAGAAGACCUGGAAAAGGACUUUCCUGCCUAUACUGCGCAGGAACUGGCAGUAUCUAAAUGGACCUUUAUUACUCGGGAGGAGCACCCGUACCUGAAUCGGCCAUGGUACACAUUGCAUCCAUGUGGGACUAGUGAGUGGAUGAAGCUGCUUUUCAGUAAUGAACCUUCAGUUGUGAAUCAAGGUGGAGUUGCAAUUGAGAAAUAUCUAACCUCAUGGUUUUCAGUUGUAUCACCUGUCUUUGGUUUUAAAAUCCCCUUAAAAUUCUCUACAUUUAUGAACUCUGGAAAUGUUGCUACUGUAAUAUAGAUUUAGUUUUUUCUUUUCAAUGUAAAUGUUUAGAAUGAAAUCAUCUGCUGAGAUGCAAAAUUGGUUACAUAAAACUUAUCUUUAAUGUGAAUACCCCAGGCCAAUCUAGAUUUUAAAUUUUA